AAUAUAUUUAUUACGGGACACUCUACACAAAACGGCGACGUUAUUUUCAAUUUCUCCUACUUGUCUCCGUUGUUGCCAUCCGCAAAAUCGACGAAGAAGACGAUUACCAGAGUUUGUUUUAGGAUAUGGAAGCAGUGUGCAAACGGAAAUUUGAAGAGACCACCGUGUCGCGUGAUGUAGCUAAUAGCGGUUUUAUAUCGGAAGAAGAAUGGUCUGCCGCUGUAAAUAACGAUCCACCAUCUGGAUGGACUGACGAAGAUGAUGAUGUAGUUAGUAGCGGUUUUAUAUUGAAAGAAGAAUGGUCUGCCGCUGUACAUAACGAUCCACCAUCUGGAUGGACUGACGAAGAUGAUGAUGAUGUGGUCACGGAUUUGGAGCAAGAGUUAUAUCGCCAAAUUCGCGAAUCCGAUGGAUUUGAUGUUGACAUACGUAUUCCGAGUAGUUUUCUUUAUGUGUACAAAUGUGCCAACAAUGAUGACUAUCGUGAUGCUGACAUUGUUGGCAUUUGUGCUAGAGUGGGACUCCAUUGGUACAAUUUUCACAAGGGCUCAAACCUUGAGUUUAUGCAUCUAGAUAAAUAUAACUCUAGAUUCUGUGCGCUUAUGACUUACCAUAUAACUGCGGAGGCUAUUGAUCCAGCCAACGAUUCACGUUUCACUUUCCAGACAUGUGCUACGAGAACUACAUGUAAGAACGAUGAAGACCUGAGGAUACUGACUGAAGUUUGUAGAAUAAAACCCAAGAUUCAAGGUACUGGAGACAUAUUAAAGCGAUGGAAUGACGAAGCAAUUGAUGAUAUCUACAAAGGCAAUCUACCUGAGUGGAUUUCGGAUGAUGCUUUGAUACCAUGCAGUGAGCAAGAUCAGUUUUAUGAGGUGCAAGAGUCAGAUAUCCAAGAACACAACUGGCUUAAUCUAUACACUGAAAUUGCGUCUUACUCGCUGUGGGAAGGAGACAUGAGGCUUGAGUCUUGUGUGCCGGUGCAGAUUAUGAAGGUCAUUGUAGAGACUCGUGAAGCUGUGGAGUCAAAGGAAAAGUUGAUGGCUGGGAAUGCGAUCUUCUACAUUAGUUUCAGAGUCUUGAAUGCUCCUCAUGGUCCACCUCAAGAUCACAGAGCCAUUGUAAGAAGAACCAUUGAUGGGAUUCCAGGGCAUGUUUGUCUUGAGUUUAAGUGUUGGCUCAAGGAUCUAUCAAGAAGGUCGUUGUACAAAGCCAUGGAGCCAAAGCAAGAGCUCAAGGCUGGGAAUGCAAUCUUCUACAUCAGUUUCAGGGACUGUGGUCUGACCGAAGAUCACCGAGCCGUGGUAAGAAGAACCACAGAUGGGCAUCCAGAACACCUUUUUCUUGAAGUUAAGUGCCAGUUGCGGACUUGCCGAGCUGCUCUAACUAAAUUCUUCUGCUCUAUUGACUAAAUUUGGUCUGAACACAUGUUAGUUUAAUAUGUUGCAGAUUAUCCUCUGCCUUUUAUUUAUUUAUAUCUGGUGUUCCAAUGUAAUCUACUCAUAACAAAAUCUUAUCAAGUUA